GACAAGUGACACCUAACCUCAAACCUUUGUUAUUGUUAUGAAAAUUUGAAUCCCAGACGAGACAACCCCCUCAAUCACCAAAAAAAUGUCCUGCAUUAUCUGGGGCUGCUCCAACAACAACCCCAGCACUGCCGACCCCUCCGUUCACUACUACGUCUUCCCCAAGCACCCCCUCAUCGCCCAGCAAUGGAUCACCGCCUCUGGUUGGCCCCCUGAAGAAAUCGACAUCAACGUAGCCCGAAUCUGCUCAAUCCAUUUCAACGAAGACAGCUACACCACCGAGGUCAAAAUUAUCGAAUACAUGACUUGCUACACCAAAGUUUUAAAAUACGACGCCGUCCCCACUCUCUACUUACCCCUCACAACCCAAAUCGUCAUCAAAGACUCCGACCCCCACGAAGAACUCCGCGAAAUGAUCGUCUUCGCGUCGGAACCAGAUUCUGCCCCAGAGCCCAAAAAACCGCCCGUGGAACCCGUAAUUCCCGAGCAAGAUCUGGAAAAAUACAAACACGUCCAGACGAAGGAGCAACUGGAAGCUCUGGAAAACUGCAACAGGUCGAUUCGGCAGAACAUCUCCAAGCUGGAGGACAAUUUGAAGAGUCUGAAAGAAAGUCUGACGAAUCAAAUGGAGUACUAUAAAGCUAAAGACGUGGAGUUGUCGAAUCUCCAUCAGGAGUACUUGAGGUCGAAACGGGCGUAUUUGUCGCUGCAGGAGCAGAAGGCGCUGCUGUCGAAGGUGUUUUCGGAGUCGCAAAUCAAGAUUUUGUCGGGGAGGAAGAAGAUUUAUUGGAGUAAUGACGACAUGGCGGUGGGGUAUACAAUAAGGCAUUUGAGUAAUAAGAGGUGUUAUGUGUAUCUGACGAAGAAGCUGAAUAUUCCGCUGCCGGCGGUGUCGAGCAUCAAGAGGUGGAUGACGCUGAAGGGAGAGGGACGGAAAGGGGUGGACAACGCGAGUUUUAAGAAAGCGGAAGCGGAAGCGGAAGAUGAGGACAGCGACUGAAAUUGACUUUAUUUAUUUUAAUAAUUAUAAAAAUAUGUGUUAAGAUCUUCUAAUUUAA